AUGGUUUCCUGCAAAUUUCUUACAGCCGCUCUUUGUGCGGGAGCAACGCUCGCACUUCCGCAAUCUAAAACCCCCAGUAACCCAACCGCUACCAUAGACAACGGCAUCAUAAUAGGAACUUCAACAUCAAUUCCUAACUCCAAGACAAAGGUCAAUCAAUUUCUCGGAAUCCCCUUCGCUGAAAAGCCUAUCCGCUUCCGUCCCCCAACACCAGCCAAAUCAUGGGAUACUCCCUACAAUGCCACCGUUUACAAGCCCGCUUGUUUUAUGAAGUUUAACUAUCCCGAAGAACGACGGAAUCGAACGAUUGAGAUUUUUGCUACACCUGGACCGCCAGCAGGGACUAGUGAAGACUGCCUGAACUUGAACAUUUAUGCUCCUGCAGGUGCAAAGGCUGGUUCAAAGCCUGUUGCGUUCUGGAUUCAUGGAGGAAGUUUCAGUCAUGGGUCUGGAUCUUUGCCUUAUUAUGAAGGAUCCAAGAUGGCAGGCUAUGAAGACCUUGUUGUUGUUACUGUCAAUUACAGGACCAAUAUCUUUGGAUUUCCUGAAACCUACGAUUUGCCUAAGGGACAGUGGAAUCUUGGCUUCCUUGACCAACGACUAGCCCUUACCUGGGUCCAAGACAAUAUCGCUGCCUUUGGAGGAGAUCCGAAGAAAGUCACCAUCUUUGGUGAAAGUGCCGGCGCAGGAAGUGUCGAUGACCUUAUCACGGCUCCACCAGAUCCUCUCCCUUUCCGUGCAGCUAUUCUUCAGUCUGGUUCUGCCUCAACAAACGUCACAUCCACUGGCUCUUGGACGAAUGCAACCAAGCUAGCUGGUUGUGACAAAGGCGACUUUGAUAAAGUCCUCAAGUGCAUGCGCGAGGUCCCCGCCGCCAAGCUCAAGGAUAUUAUCGAAAGGGGCAUGCUCGAUUUUGCACCUCUCAGCGAUGACGGGGUCACUCUAUCAAACUAUCCCCGCGACAUCCGACUCGAGUCCAAGGAUAAUCCAAAGCUCAUGGCUCGAGUUCCUGUCAUGUUAGGCACAACAGCAGAUGAGGCAAGAAUCCCCGACUUCAUGAACAUCAACGUAAAGGAUGCUCUGAAAACCUUGGCCCCUGGGAUAAGUGACUUUCAAGUCUCGGUACUCAAGUUCUUCUACCCUAUUGGAUCUCCCGGCAUCAACAACGAAUUUGAUCAGGUCACUAGGAUGGCCACAGAGAUCGGCAUGCAGUGUCCCAUUCGGUAUGUCGCGGAGGAUUUCGUGGAGACUGGUAUCAAGACUUGGCGAUAUAUCUACAAUGCCAGCUUUGCCAAUACUGAGAUCUUCAUGGGCAGUGGAGCAUACCACUCCGCUGAGAUUCCAACUCUCUUUGGGACAUUUCCUGAGAAAGGUGCUACAGACUUUCAAGAGAAGUUGAGUAGAGAGAUGCAGAAGGCUUGGGGUAAGUUCAUCAGAGAUCCCGCUAAUGGACCUGGAUGGGCGCAAGUUUCUAAAAUCGGUGUAUUUGGAGCCGGGGUGAGACCUGAUUCUGGCAACAAACCAAAGAAGGCUAUGAAAGUUGUAGACGCAAACAUCAUUGAGCCAAGAUGCUUGAUGUUCAAGGGAAUUUGGGAGAAGGGUCAGACAAAGGCGUAA